CUACCUGUCUCUUACGGAGUGUUUCAUACUGAAGUUCCUUACACAAAAUGAUAGUAGUAACCGUAAACGGGGUAUUUCGAUUAAACACCAGUGAUUUAGUGGAGUGUAUCGUUUUGCAUAUCUAUAACAUUUCAAAGAAUCGCGAAGGUGCAUAUAUUUCUUAAGCGAUAAUUGAUUUAAUUUAAGCUAAGUGGUCGAACAAGGUUUUCAAAUUAUAUUAGCGGAUUAUAUUGGCUUGUCGACCAUAGGUUUUUGUGUUGUCAAUUGAGCCCUCUUUGGAGCCUUCCCGGCUCGCGCGCGAUCAUCGAUUGCUUCCAUCCAAUCUGGAUUGAUUUCAGCCGUUCCAAACAACGGCUGAUAUUGAAAUUUUACGACGACGCCCGUCAAGACGCCUGCGUCGUUAUCCUCCGACGCCCUGCUCCGCCUAAGCGAAUCGCGUCAUGGACAGUGCGUCCCUAGCCACCAUGGAUAAGGAUGCUUUGCGUAAGCAAAUCGACAACCUGAAGUAUCAAGCGUCGAUGGAACGCUGGACACUUUCCAAAUCUAUUGCCGCAAUGCGGGAAUAUGUUGAAGAAAAUGAAAAAAACGACCCACUGAUUCACGCUCCUGAUAAAAAGAAUAACCCGUGGGCUGAGAAGGGCAAAUGUGCCAUCAUGUAGAAUUUUCAAGAAUUUUUUAUUAACUUAUUUAUUCUUUUGUUACCCUUUUUGAUCGUAGUAUUAUUGAUAAUUAAAAAUGUACUAAUUAACAGCACUACUUCGCGACAGGCAAUAUUCGAUAUUAUCCUGAAUAUUCAAACUUUAGACGUCUUUCCGAUUUUUUAAAUAAUGAAAGAACUUCACCGAAACACUAGCAAAGGUAAAUGGGCAAACUAUUGUUACCAACUAUUGUUAUGUAGUUUAAAUACUCUGUCUUUAAUGCAUAGUACUUAUAAUGGGAUGAUAAAUAUUAAUAUAAAUUAUUUCAUCUGCAUUAUGACGUGGUAGUAGGCUGUCUACUUAAAAUGUAGUUUUUUUUAUCCCAAUAUUUCAAUGUCUUAGUUAUUUUUGCAGGCAGCUAUUAUUUAUGCUUACUAAUAUAAUUCAGAAAGUCAAAUAUUAUUAGCUGUUAUCGUUUUCCUACUUAAUCAAAUUUUACUAGCAUGAUAAAAUAGUUGUUUUAAGGAAAGACUUUUGUGGUGUGUUAACAAAAGAUAUGUAAAGAAUAAAAUAUUUGUAACAAUCCCCCAACAAAAUAGCAUUUAACUAUUAAUUGUGUUACUAUUGCUCCCCGAGCAUCAAAUCAGUUAAGAUAGCAGACUUGUUUACAUCUUUUCAUUUGCAUGUUUUACUCUUCACUAGCUCCAGUAAAUUGCGAUUUUGCGAGAUAUUGACGUUUGCAAAUUUUACAUCCACCUCCAUUUUUAACAGCAUGGCAAUUAUUUGCUGCGAGCUACUGAAAGCAGUUGCAAGAUUCAUGCAAAUGAACAUUGAGAAUCAAACAUUGUUAGCUAUUUUAUCUGAAAGCAAGUGAAAUAGUAAAACAACGCGUCUCCUAAUGGUAUUCCAAGUCGAUUAACUGGCAUCUAUUAUUGUCCACUCUCAAUUCCAAAUUAAUAACAUGUUUGGUUUCCUCAAAUAGGCUGUUUUAUUAAUAAUUAUUAAUUAUAGGCUAAUUCUAACUUUAAAUUUUAUAAACUUAAAUAUAGGAAUUAGAGUAUGUUCUAGUCUUAAGCAAUCUCCAAAGACUUUCAGCAAUGUUUUGCCGCAUCAUAAUCAAUGUUUUCUCUUAAAUGGACUUGAUCAAAAGAUUACAACAAAAAUGGUGCAAACCCGUGUCUAAUGAGAACAAACCCCGAUUUAUACCAUAUUGACUUGAUGACACAAACGUCUCAAAUAAAGAGCGUUUGAUACGGAUCACUCGCCUUUUAAUGUCCAAAUGGAAAAGUACGUACAUUCCAUUUGGACAUCUCUGUAUAUUAUAACUUAAAAUUAAUCAAUUUGUUAGGAGAGAUAGAUCAAACUUGUAUCGCAUUCUAACGAAUAACAACUGUAAGCUUUCUAAUACUACUAAGGACGAUGAGAAAAUGCAAAGAAACUCGCUUCUUUGUAUGGUCACAUUUAGGGUGCAAAUAUGUCACCACUAGGGUAUAUUUAAUCCCACUUUGCUGAUUUACUUCUUCCCUAGCUAGAUUACGUCUAAUAUACUAUCGUACUCAUUAACCAUUAUGAGUAAGCUAGAUGUAAUGUGUUACGCCCUGUAGCUUAUAUAUAUGCAGGGUCCAUAGCCUUAGUUCAAGCUAAACGGAAAAUCGGCUUAGUUUAGGAUAAAACCAUACAAGUUACCAAACCUAGAUAUUAAGUAAAUUUAAGUAUGCACCAGAAUUGGACAACUUUCUGAAUUACAGAAACAAAACCCGGCUAUGACAUAAAUGAAUUGAAGUCGAAACCUGCUGAAAGUCUUAGGUGGUUUUAUUUAUCCGUAUUAGGGUAUUUUAAGGAAUAUUUCACGUAUGUAAGUUUAUCUAACUAAAUGUAAUGUACUGAGAUAAUAAAUUACCUAUAGGAUAAACACAA